UGACACUUAUGAAUUAUGUUAUCAUUUUGAAUUUCAUAUAUUACUUAUUCAACUUGCUCUAUUAACUGUUUCAUCAUUUAUGCAUUUAUAUUUUCUAUUUAAAGCAUUGAUUAUGAUUGUAACAGCAACUAUUUAUAUAUUCUAUUCACAUUAUUUUAAUUUUUAUUAUAUUAUUAGUAAUAGAUAUGAUUUAACAAGUAAUUUAUUACUUAUACAAACAACAUUUGAAAUAUUUUUUUUUAUUCUUUUAUUAAUUGGUCUUGAUCGACGAAUUGAAUAUAUGAGUCGAUUAGAUUUAUUAUGGACAAUUAAAUUUCAAAAUGAAAAACAUGAAGUAGAAACUGUGAGCACUAUUAGUCGACUUUUAUUAGAAAAUAUUCUACCUAAACAUGUGGCUGAAAUAAUUAUUAAAGAAAAUAUGAGUCAGGGUCUAUAUCAUGAAAGUUAUGAUAAUGUCGUUGUUAUGUUUGCAUCAAUACCUAAUUUUAAAGAAUUUUAUGUUCAAUCAGAUGCUAAUAAUGAUGGAUUAGAAUGUUUAAGAUUACUCAAUGAAAUUAUUGCAGAAUUUGAUAAAUUAUUAGAUAAGAAUAAAUUUAGUUGUGUAGAAAAAAUAAAAACUAUUGGUAAUAUAUAUAUGGCAGCUGCUGGUCUCAAUCCAGGUGCAGAACAUAGAAUGACAAGAGAACGAUAUAAUCAGAAUAUUGUUGCACUUGCUGAAUUUGCUUUUGCUAUGAUUGCAGUACUUGAAGGUAUUAAUCGAGAUUGUUUCAAUGAUUUCAAAUUACGUGUUGGCAUGUGUAACGGUCCUCUUGUUGCUGGUAUUGUUGGUGCCAAAAAACCUCAAUAUGAUAUUUGGGGAAAUACAGUUAAUGUUGCAUCACGUAUGGAUAGUACUGGUGUAGAUAGCUGUAUUCAUGUACCGGAAGAAACUCAAAAAGUUUUAUUUGAAAAUGGUUAUCCAUGUGAAUGUCGUGGACCAAUAUAUGUUAAAGGUAAAGGUAAUAUGACAACAUAUUUAGUACGACCACGUGGUUAUAUGAUGCCAACAUCAACUUCACAUGUUUCCUCAAAAUUCAAUGCAUCGAAUAAAUGA